UUUUACUACCGCACUUGUUUUAGCUUUAUUACUGAGAGAGCAUGGGCGUGUGUUGACAAACUGGCUUUUCAUUUCAUCUGGAUAAGAAUAUAGCUGGAAUACGUGUUUUUUCUUCUCUCCGUAAAAUUAAAUAUAAAUUUAAAUUGAAAAACAUAUUUGGACUUGGUACGGCAAAGUUACGGUUAAUCUUUUCCUGAAUAAUUAACAGUGGUGAACAUUAUGCUUCUUUCAAGAAAAAUAUGUUGUCAACAUAUGCCGUUUUUUGUGAAAAGAAUUACUUUAUAAUGAUUUUAACAUUUUCAAUAAGACUGAUAAAAUUCUUGUGAAAGGAUACAAAAACUGAUCUUGUUCUUUUUUGCUUUCAAACAUUUGGACUGGAUAUAAAGUUAUAAAUUUUAUUUUGUGGAGAUUAGAGACCUUGCUCAAAUUUGCAAAGAAAAGACAGAAGUGUAUUCAUAAUAUGAAUUCCAAAUUAACAUUAGCGCUGGCGCUAUUGGGCUUGAUUUUUGAGAUCGUGUUUGGUCACGGAGAUCACGGGGAUGCCGAAUCACUCUUCCAGUGGACAACAAUUGACUAUAACUGGCCUACAAGGGCUGCCAGGGACACAGCUAUAAGCACACGCAAGUAUGUUCCACUAAAUAAUGCCAUUAAUGGAAUUCGUGUAUAUGAUAAUAAAAUAUUUGUUACUGUGCCUCGUUUUGGUGAUGGCGUUCCAUCAACUUUGAACACUUUGAUUAAUGCUCACCCUCAAAAACGUUUUCUGACAAGUAGAACAGUUCUUCAACCAUAUCCGAGAUGGGACAUGCAGAAGGAGGGGAACUGUACAGCGUUUCAGAAAGUUCAAAACAUUGAAAUAGUUUCCUGGACUGAUUUUAAGGUCUUAAACGACGUGGUCCAUGUGACAAAUGGAGUGAACGGUAUUGCAAUAUCCGCUAAUUUUGAUUACGUGUAUUACAGCCCUAUUGCUGGAACAGCUCUAUAUCAAAUUCCAACAAAAAUUCUACGGAAUGCAAGUUCAGACUUUUCAGCUCAUGUCAGAAAAGUGGGCGACAAACCCUCUCAAGGAGACGGCAUGAUUAUGAGUACUAAGAAUAGUCUUUACUUUUCGGUGCUGGCUAAAAAUGCUGUUGCGAUGUGGGAGCUACACAGGGAUAUUGAAAAAUAUGGGUCAGAAGGCAAAGUAAUGAUGGAUACGUUAACUUACGAAGCAAAUGACCCAACUAUGGAAUGGGUAGACUCACUUGCUCUUGAUUCAUUCGGAUAUCUUUGGUUCACGACAAGUCGUCUGCAAUUGUAUUUGAACAAGCAGCUGACCAAUGACAGCAUCAAUUUCAGAAUUUGGCGCGCUUUUGUGCACGAGCCGAGUUAUGCAUACUUUGACAGUAGGACUCGGAGUGAGUCAAAUCAUAUCCAUAGUCAUAACUCCAGUUCGAACAUUGAAAGUCAUACUUUCGUUCAUUUCGCUCUUUUCGCAUUAUUAAUUAUGUUAAAGGUGUUAUGAUAUUCGGAUGUGUAAGGUUUUUGCCGAAAGUGGCGUGGAUGUGAUCGUUUAAAUGUGCUAGUAAAGAGAACUUUUGAAUGUUAAGAAAAUGUAGACCUGCAGUUUUGACUCCUUCUAUUUCAUGAUCAUUUUAAUGGAAGAAGACAACAAUACUGCAUAAAUUUACUAAACCUAGCUCUAACUUAUCAUUAAUAGUUUUGAUUAUUUCGCCGUAUUUUGCGAAAUGAUAUUGUUUUCAAGGUUUAAAACAGUUAUUUAAAACGGAUAUUACAAGAAAACAUUAUAUAUGAUAUGCAGCGUUAAAACAAUGACACAGAUAGCACAAUAAAUUUACUUUUUUAUUAUUGAAAAUAUUUUAAGUUGAAUAUACAACUGUAGUUGGUAAGUGAGCAUCUUUUAAAUUGUUUUAAAUUGUUUCUUUUUGUAGCCAAAUAUAUGAGGAAUAUGUUUUAGGGAGUAAUAAUAAGUUAUAAAGACUCGAUGUUGUAUAUUUCAUUUAAAAAAGACUCAUUGUUUAACAUUCAAACGUGAUAGGUGAUUUAGUGACAUUUAUUUGACCGAAGAAGUAUUUGACACAAUGGCAACGGUUUUGAUCAUUACAUUUCAAAUGUCUCGCAUUUUACCUAUAUAUUCUGACUAUUGUAAAUAUUAACAAAUAGAGGUCAUCAUUUUCGCUAUUCCACCCAACAAUAUCUUCGUAUAAAUUCGGCUACGUUCGCCAUUUUACGUAUCUAAAUUUCAAAGAGAGUGCGAUUAUAUCCUGGUCAUUCAAACUUUAGAAGACACGGAAAGUGGCGGAAAGAACCGAAUUUUUACGAGAGCUUGAUUGAUGAUUUACUUUCCUUUGUAUUAACCAUUCGGUAGGCAUACUCAGUUUUACAUUAUAUGUGUUUCGGAUACAUAGAUGUCAAUUUACACUGACAGCUUUAUUUUUUUCUUCCUCUCGUAUAUUUAUUUAUAAAUGUUGAUUAUUAUUCAUUUUUCAUAAAACGCAUUGUCAUGCAUUUUCAUUUUUUUAUAUACAUGUCAUUACCAGUGUAUGAUAUUGUUAUGUUUUCCUGUAAAAAGGCGUUCUUAACAAUGUAAAUAUGACGUACUCGGAACACUUUUACUCGACAAACUCCUGUAUAUGCGGUUGACUAUUUUCACAAUUUUCUUUAUGUUUAUUAUCUUCCGCUUUUUGUUUAGAGGAACUUUUCGGGUUUUAAGGACACAAUUCAUGCUUUUGCAUUCUUCUUUUUACAUCGCUUUAACGCCAUACAGAUCUCUUUUUAAAAUGCAUGUACGGAAAAACUUGAGGGGGAAUGUGAGGAGGAAUUAGGUCAUAGGAGAGGGCAAGAUGGCCUUUGUAGAUUCCGCGAGUUUAAAAUGCAAGCGUUGGGGUAUAUGCUCCGCGUUACGUUUGGGGCGGAACAAUAUCUUAAAAUGUGUUCAUUUGACGUUAGUUGGAUAUUGAAAGAUUAGUACUUGAUACAAUGUCCAGGCACAGUUGAGGAUCCUGCUCACCUGUGUAUAAAGUGAUACAAGUGCUUUCGAACUGAAAGAAACAUAUUUUUUUUAUUUUACAGAAAUAUAUGAUGUGGUGUAAGUUUUCACUAAUUUACACCCGCUAGUCUAACUAAAUAACACCUUUUAAAAUAAACCCAGACUAUACCAGUUCAGCGAUUUGCUGGCAUCUCGACUUCAGUACCCUAUAACCAGUGAACUGUGUUUUAAUUAAGUUCAAGACCCUUUCAAAUCCGUUAUAGUAAAUUAAAGUUUAACGCUUGCGAAAUGAGAAUAUCUACGAUAUAAUUCCAGGGAAAAUCUCAUUUAAAUACUUUUGAAAUAAAGAUUUUUUUUCUCUUUCUUUUCAAAUUUAACGGGAGAGAGACGUACAUUUGUACUUUUCUGUUUUCGUACUUUGUUACACUUGAACGUAUCAAAAUAGAUCUAUGGCAAAAUUUAAGGUUAUAAAAUAAAGAUAAAAGCUUCAAUGUAAGCAUGCAAAUCAUGAUUCGACAAACAUUUACGAUAUUUUAAUUUAUUUGAUCUGGAUUGAAUCAGGCAUGGAAUGUAUUUAUUCGUACAGAUUAACCCAAAGGGUCACUAUUUAACCCAAAGAUAUAAAUACAUCAACUCGUACAGGAAACAGCACAUCAACAAAAAGCGUCAGCAAACUGUUAAUACUUCCUUUGGUUUUGUUUAUGGCUAAAUCUGGAUCAAGAUUAAUUCGUGUGUAUUGUGCAUUUAGUUUCUGUCUAUUUUCUUUCCGAUUAUGUUUGAAAUAGAUUUUUAGGAGCUACUUUUUAUCUUUGUAUUAACGUCUUGUUGUUGUUGUUUUUUGUGUGAUGCUGCGCAAAAUCUGCGCAGUGUAACAAGGCAACUGUUCAUGUGAUUUAUUUUUUUAUUUUUGGAAGACGUGGUUUGUUAAAUGAAAGAAAGUUUAAAAGCCAAUGCAAAUGGGGAUAAAUCAUCGUCAUGUUUUGAACUGUUGAAGAAAUACUUUUUAUUUUACUUAAGGUAAUGUUUUAAAUUUGGAGAUUUUGCUUCAACUUAAGGUUAGAUAGAUUUAACAAUAAUCUAUAGAUUACUGUUUUCUUCAUAAGUUGUAAGCAUUGAUGUUUGAAGUUUAGACCCCAUUUUAACCAAACAUUUGAAAUGCCUGAUUGUAUUUCUUUUUUUAAUAUGCAUUUUUUUAAAUUCACAUAUAUGUAUUUUGUAGAUUUUAAAAAUCACAUUUGUUUCUUUCAGAUAUAGUUUUUAUUAAGUUUUGCAUAUUUAAAAUGUUGAUGUUUAAUAGCAAGUGUGAAAGAAAAGUGGUUUGAUAUCAAUUAUUUUUUAAGCUUUAAGAAAAAGUUUACAGAAGAUUGCAUCAACAUCAACAAUAUUUUCAAACAAAAUAAUAUCAAUUCAUUUUUAUCCAUUUAUCAGUCAGAAAACACUCCAUCACUUUCCGUGUCUUAUACUUGAUAAACAGGGUACGAGGUGACAAAGAUUAUCUUUUUUGUUCCUUGUCACGUUGACGCUUAUUAAUGUUCCGUAAGUGCUCCGUAAGACACGAAAAUUGACGGAGUGUUCCGAAAAUUUAGUAUGCACACACAGUGCUUUUGAACAUGAAACAAAUAUUUAUAAUUGCAAUGACUUCUCUCUUUUAACAUCAUAACCAUGUAGUCUGUCAAAAUAUUGUUGACGAUAUCUUGCUCUUCUUUAUAUUUUACGGUAGUGUAGGCACACAGAUUAUUGAAACAGAUGUUGGACAUUGCAAUAUAAAUCGUUUUUUUAUACCUGUUUUGCAUCAACAAUGUCACAUUGUCUGUGAACAUAUCGGUUUAUGACUAUAUGAAAUAUUUCAAAUUUCUUUGAUCAAACGUUGUUGUUACUGCUGCUGCUGUUGUUGUUGUUGUAAAUACUGUUGUUAUUAAGAUGAUUCAAUAAAUUAUCACUGUGCCAUUAAA